AUUUUUCUUCUGUCCCCUGCAACCACCAAGAGAGGGGUUCAUGUGGGCUUGAGAAAUUCAGAUGACACCCUGGGAUGUCUUGGCUACGAUGACACCGCCGGCUAGGUUUUCCUUUCCUCUUCAUCACACUCCCAUAGCACUGGGUGAGUGAGCCAGGGAUGGGAGGAAGUUGAACGGCUCUGGAACAAGAACCACACAAGCAACGCCGCCAUGGAGUCCAAAGCCAUCUCGCGGUUCGUUCCGCGCCAGCAGAAGCUGCUUAUCGUCUGCCUGAUCCUCGUCUCGGUCGUCGACUCGACGAUGGUGGGCUACAACAGCUCCUUGAUGGGCAGCCUCAACGUCAUGCCGUCGUACCGCAGCUACUUUGAGCUUACGACGGCGACGCGCUCGCUCAACACGGCCAUCUCGUACGUGGGCGGCUCCGUCGUCGCCCUGUUCGGCGGCUUCCUGGCCGACUGGCGCGGCCGGCGCGAGUCCAUCUUCUGGGCCUGCUGCACCAUCCUGGUCGGCGCCGUCAUCCAGGCGGCCGCCCAGAACAUUGGCAUGUUCAUCUCUGGCCGCUUCAUCAUCGGCGGCGGCAUGGCCCUCGCCCAGACGGCCGCCCCGAUCCUGGUGGCCGAGACCAUCGCCGUCAAGUACCGAGCCUUUGCCUUGGCCAUGUACUAUGCGUGCUGGGGCGUCGGGACGCUCGUUGCGUCGGGCGUUUGCUAUGGGACGCAACGGCUCGACUCCACGUGGGCCUGGCGCAUCCCAAGCCUCCUGCAGGCGCUGCCGAUGGUGCUGUGCAUCGCCAUCCUCCUCUUCGUGCCCGAGUCGCCCCGCUGGCUCAUCAGCCGCGACCGGGCCGACGAGGCGAUGGCGGUGCUCUCCAUCGUCAACGCCGGCGACGGCGCGGCCGUGCAGGUGCAGUACCGCGAGAUCCACGACACGAUUCGGCUCGAGCGCGAGCGCGGGCUCGGCCUGCGCCGCGCCGUCUUCUCGUUGCCCGCCAACCAGCGGCGGCUGUUGAUCGCGUCCACUUUUUCCAUCAUCGUCAUGCUGCCCGGCACCAACUUUGUGCAGUUCUAUUUCGGCGACAUGCUGGCCGCCGCGGGGAUCCGGUCGCCCGACACGCAGCUGCAGGUCAACAUCGUGCUGACGUCGUGGACGACGAUAGUCGCCUUCGCGGGCUCCUACUACACGGACCGCCUGGGCCGCAAGUGGCUCUGCUCGCUCAGCCUGGCGGCCCAGGCCGCGUGCCUGCUGGUGCUGGGCGGGCUGACCAAGCUGUACGGGGCGUCGACGGACACGGCCGGCAUCUACGGCACCAUCUCGGCCAUCUUCUUCUACAACGCAUUUUACGCCUGGGGCAUCACGCCGCUGACGGUGCUGUACCCGCCCGAGAUUUUGAGUUUCGAUAUCCGCGGCGUCGGCAUGGGCAUCUACACGACGUCUACCAAGCUGUGUGGCCUCUUCGUGACCGUGGUGGCGCCGUUUGGGCUCGACGCCAUCGGCUACCAGAUGUACAUGAUCAACGCGUGCCUCGACGUGCUCAUGGUGGUUUUUGUGGCGCUGUUCUGGGUCGAGACCAGGGGCUUGACGCUGGAGCAGGUGGACGGCCUGUUUGACAGGGAGAAGCGCGAGAUUGUCGCGGAGCAGGUCAAGGAGGAGGUCGGUGUCGAUAUCGACCGGCCCGGCAAGACGGAAGGCGUGGGAGCAGUGGAGGUGGUAGGGGUGAAGGGAUAGAUGCAGUGGUUGGCUGCAUGCUGCCCAUGCUGGGCGAUCAUGAAAUGACAGGAGAAAAGGCAACCAGCAGAUGCCUUAAACACAACACUACGCAGUAGACACAACAAAUUCCAGGGGUUCGUGGCGAAAGCGCUAAUAGCUCGCAGAUAUCCUCCUUCUUUACUUCCGAUUUCCGAUAUCCCUG